UAAAUGUUUGGUGUCGCCCUCAGAACGCAGCUGCGUUUAAUCAGGCAGUCUGAGCAGGAUCCAGGUCCACAGAGGGCUGGCUCUGAGGCAGUGCUCAGGGAUCAAAUACUCCUGCUGCUGCAGAAGUCAGACAGGAACCCUCCAGAGCGGACAUGGCCCUGACGCUUGUUGGAGACGCGGUGGCCACCGUCGGCGGCCUUGUCACUGGAGUGCUGAACUUCUUCACCGAUUUCUUCCUGACUCCUCCACUAAAAGCUGCUCAUCAGUAUUUGGAAGAUGCGGAACUCAAAACUUUAAAAGGAGAAAUAAAAACAUUUAAGGCCAAGGCUCUGUGGGAGAAGUCUGGAGCUGUCGUUAUGGCAGUGCGCCGGCCUGGAUGAUUUUUGUGCAGAGAGGAAGCUGCAGAGCUGUCCUCUCUGAAGCCCCAGCUGGACCAGCUUGGGGUCCCACUCUAUGCUGUGGUGAAGGAGGAUAUUGGCACAGAGGUCCAGAACUUCAGACCAUACUUCAAGGGAGAAAUUUUUCUGGAUGAAAAGAGAUGUUUUUAUGGACCCCGUGAGCGGAGGAUGGGACUUCUGGCGUUUGUGCGUGUUGGAGUGUGGCUGAGUGGCUUGAGGGCCUUUAGGAAAGGCUUCAUGGGAAAUGUUUUAGGAGAGGGCUUUGUGCUCGGCGGGGUGUUUGUCAUUGGACGAGGGCAGCAGGGCAUAUUACUGGAGCACAGAGAGAAGGAGUUUGGGGAUAAAGUCAACAUUUCAGAAGUCCUUCAAGCUGCCAAGAAAAUACCACUGGGCAAUUAAAGUGCUGGCCUCUGGGGAGCAAGGGUGCAUUCUGUAUGAGAUGAGGCUUUGGAUGUGUUCAUGAAGGUCUGUUCUUAAACUGAAGAGAAGGAACGGAUCUGAUCUAUAACACCAGGUCUCCUGUAUAAUACAGCUGUGCAACCUUUGGCGUUGAGAGUAUUUGAAUAAUAAAACAUCUUUGUUCUCCA